AUUGCUUUUCAAAACUUUUUAGGUUAACAUACUGUCAAAAAAUUUGACUAGGAAAAGUUAAUAUGUUGUUACUCUAAAAAAAAUCUAAUUAUACUACGCAUAUAUCAAUUAGUAAUUCAAAAGGAUUAUGUUAUUUGAAUAUUGGUAAAAUGAAGUGUCACUACGAAGUGUUAAAUAUCUCAAGAGAUGCAGAUCAGUCUGAGAUCAAGACAGCUUAUAGAAAACUAGCACUUCAAUGGCAUCCGGAUAAAAAUUUAGAUCAACCAGAGGUUGCAAAGGAACACUUUCAAUUAGUUCAACAAGCAUAUGAAGUUUUAUCAGAUUUGCAAGAACGGGCUUGGUAUGAUAAUCACAGAGAAGAAAUAUUGAAAGGUGCACAAACAAAUUAUGAAGACAAUUCUUUGGAUAUUUUUCAGUAUUUCACUUCAACAUGUUUCAAAGGAUAUGAUGAUUCUCCUCAAAGCUUUUAUUCCGUCUAUUCCGAAGUUUUUUCAAAAUUGGCAUCAGAAGAAAUAGAAUAUUUAGAUGACCCUGAAGACUAUGAAAAUAUACCGAUAUUUGGCAAUUAUCAGAGUCCUUACGAGGUUGUUAAAGCGUUUUAUGCUUAUUGGCAAAGCUUCUCAACUAAAAAAAGCUAUGCUUGGUUAAGCCCAUAUAACAUAAACGAGACUAGGGAUAGAAGAGUUAUCAAACUUAUUGAUAAGGAAAAUAGAAAAGUUCAACAAAAAGCCCGCAGAGAAAGAAAUGAACAAGUUAGACAGCUUGUUCAAUUUGUAAGGAAGAGAGAUAAGCGAGUGAUAGCACAGAGAAAACUUGAAGAAGAACGUGCUCAACAAAAUAAAAUUAAAGCAGAACAAAUGAGAAAGGAGCAGAUUCGGCAACGUAAUCAUGAAUUAUCAGCUCAGGUGAACAACUCAAUAGUAAUGGAUGAUUUAGAAAGUAAACUAAGAGAAAUCGAGAAGAAUUUGUUAGAUGAAUUUGGAAACUCUGAAAGUGAUUUUAGUGAAGAUUCAGAUAAUGAAAAUCAAAGGAAAGAAUAUGAUCAAGAUAUAUCAGAUUCCACUGAAGAAGAAGAAAAUGAAAGUAAUAAACAAGAGGAUAAUGAUAUGGCAAAUAAUUUAUAUUGUGUGGCCUGCAAUAAAUUAUUCAAAACAGUUAGUUCAUUUGAAAAUCAUGAGAGAUCUAAAAAACAUAAUGAUCAAGUAGCAUUGUUACUAAUUGAAAUGCAAAAUGACGACGCCGAUAUGAAUGAUGAAGAAACAAAUAAUUGUGAGCAUUUUGACAGUUUUGAUUCUGAAAGUAACAAUGUAGUUUUAUCUGAUGCUGAAGAAUUAUUAGAUAUAAAGCAAAUUUCAUCCGAUGGAGAAGUGACACAAUCUCCCAUAUCUAGAAACAAAAAGAAACAGAAAUUAAAGGCAAAGUUAGCACAAACAGUGAUUAAUUCUGAUGAAGAAAUUGAAAUUUUAGAUGAAUUUAAACAUAAUUCCAGUGACAAUGACAAUGAAUGGGAAUGUAAAAGUAGAACGAAGGUGAAGAAAUCUAGAGCAAAUGUUAAAAAGAAGGUAAACAGUUCUGACCAAUCCAAUAUUAACACUGCAAAUACACACCAGGAUGAAUUAAAAAAUUCAAGGAUGAAUAAUAAAACAAAAGUGCAAGAUAAGAAGCAAGAUCUAGAAAAUGACUUGGAUACUAAUCAUAUUUGUGUAAGUUGUAGAGGAAAAUUUGAAUCAAAGAAUAAAUUGUUUGCACACUUAAAAUCAUCUGGACAUGGAGUAGCAUUAAAUAAUAAGACGGUUACAAAAAAUAAAUCAGACAAAAGGUCUAGACGAAAAUAG